CGCAGCUGUUGUGUGAUUCGAGUCUGACGUGUUUACUUUCUAGACGGCUGUCGUCUACCUUCUUGUCCCCUUUGAAUUUGUUUUUCCUGCCAUUCCCAGUGCCCUUUGGGGCUUAACUAGGUCAAAAUGGUGUUAGCAGACUUAGGGCGGAAGAUCACGACCGCCCUGCGGUCCCUGAGCAAUGCGACCGUCAUCAACGAAGAGGUUUUAAAUUCUAUGCUAAAAGAGAUCUGCGCUGCCCUUUUGGAAGCUGACGUUAAUAUUCGCCUGGUCAAGCAGCUGAGAGAAAAUGUCAGAUCGGUCAUCGACUUUGAUGAAAUGGCUGGUGGCCUCAACAAGCGGCGAAUGAUUCAGACCGCUGUCUACAGGGAACUCGUUAAGUUGGUUGACCCUGGAGUUAAACCCUUCCAGCCCGUCCGUGGCCGACCGAAUGUCAUUAUGUUCGUCGGUCUCCAAGGUUCGGGUAAAACAACAACAUGUACCAAACUGGCCUAUCACUAUAUGAAGAAGAACUGGAAGGCCUGUCUGGUCUGCGCAGACACGUUCCGUGCUGGUGCUUACGACCAGUUGAAACAAAACGCCACCAAGGCGAGAAUUCCAUUCUAUGGAAGCUAUACAGAAUUGGAUCCCGUGGUAAUUGCUCAAGACGGCGUCGACCUUUUCCGGUCUGAAGGUUAUGAAAUCAUCAUUGUUGAUACCAGUGGUAGACACAAGCAGGAGGACUCUCUAUUCGAAGAAAUGUUGGCAGUUUCGAAUGCAAUUAAACCAGACAACACAAUUUUCGUUAUGGAUGCAAGUAUUGGCCAGGCUUGUGAGGGACAGGCAAGAGCUUUCAAGGAAAAAGUAAGCGUCGGUGCGGUUAUUAUCACAAAAUUGGACGGACACGCCAAAGGUGGUGGAGCCCUCAGCGCUGUUGCAGCCACAGAGAGUCCUGUGAUAUACAUUGGUACAGGAGAACACAUAGAUGACCUUGAAUCAUUUAAGACAAAGCCAUUCAUUUCCAAGUUGCUCGGCAUGGGUGACAUUGAGGGCUUGAUUGACAAGGUUAACGAGCUGAAGUUAGAUGACAACGAGGAGUUGAUGAAAAAAAUCAAGCAAGGGCAGUUCACCUUGAGAGACAUGUACGAGCAAUUCCAGAAUAUCAUGAAAAUGGGUCCAUUCUCGCAAAUCAUGGGUAUGAUUCCUGGGUUCUCGCAAGAUCUUCUCUCCAAAGGCUCCGAGCAGGAGUCGAUGGCUCGUCUGAAACGCCUCAUGACAAUUAUGGACAGUAUGAGUGACGGAGAACUGGACGACAAAGAUGGAGCUAAAUUAUUCAGCAAAAGUGCUGGAAGGGUUACGAGGGUGGCCUGCGGGGCUGGAGUCACGGAAAGAGAAGUCAAAGACCUAAUUUCUCAAUACACCAAGUUUGCUGCGGUUGUGAAGAAAAUGGGAGGAAUCAAGGGACUGUUCAAAAACGGAGACAUGAUGAAGAACGUAAAUCCAUCACAAAUGGCCCAACUCAAUCAGCAAAUGGCCCGAAUGAUGGAUCCACGAGUUUUACAGCAGAUGGGUGGCAUGAAUGGCCUGCAAAGUAUGAUGAGACAACUUCAGCAAGGGGCAGCUGGCGGACUUGGCAAUUUGAUGGGCGGACUCGGUGGUGGUGGCGGAUCCGAGGGCGGCGGUGGUAGAGGUGGCGGCGGCAAACACAAGAAAUGAUUCACAGCAUUGCCAUAAAUAAAUAAGAUGAAACGGUUAUCCUUUGUUAAACCAGCGAUCCUCAUUUGAUAUGUUUAUUGAAAUGGAGGCACGCAUUUUGAAGCUGUGUUCUCCUCUCACUUGCAAUUUCAUAUAAAUGAAAAGAUAAUAAUGUUUUCA